AUGGCCAACUACCUGUGUAGACAUAUCGGGCAGGUGGGUCAGGAAAUCUUGGUCAGACAAUUGUGUACUAAGCACAGGCAGGUGGCUAGGGAAAUCUUCGUUGGACAACUGUGUACGGAGCACAGGUGGCUGGGGAAAUCAUCGUCGGACAUCUGUGUACUAAGAAGAGAUACACACAGAUAUCUAAAGGCAGCGGGGAAUUGGAAAAUUGGCCAACCACCUGUGGAGCAACUAGAACGGGGAAAUUGGCCAACCACCUGUGCAGUCAAAUCGGGCAGGUGGCUGGGGAAAUCUUUGCCGGACAACUUUGUACUGAGAACAAUUACAUGCAAAUAUCUAAAGCAAAUUGGGAACGGGGGAAACUGGCCAACCACCUGUGCAUUCAAAUCAGGCAAGUGGCUAGGGAAAUCAUUGUUGGGCACCUGCGUAGUAAGCAUUGGUACAAGCAGAUAUCGAAAGGCAACGGGAAAUUGGGAAAUUGGCCAACCACCUGUACAGUCAAAUCGGGCAGGUGGAUGGGGAAAUGUUGGUCGGACAAUUGUUAAAUGA